AUGUCUGCAGACAUUCCAGCACCCUUGACCAACGGGGCCGAUGCGUCCUCGACGCAGACCUCGUCUGCUAGUACUGCGACAACCUCUGUCCUCAACCCAUCUAACUUUCCCCAAACCCUCUCCUCUGACACCAUCUAUAUCUCUCUCGUCUAUGACCCUCUCGAUAUCCCAUCCUACUUGCGAUUCACCCGUUCCCCUACCGCGGGCGCCAACGUUCUGUUCCUGGGCACCACCCGCAACAACUUCGACCAUCGCCCAGUCUCUCGCCUCUCAUAUUCUGCGUAUCCUUCCCUCGCCCUCAAGUCUCUCUACGCUAUUGCCGAGGACGUGCAGAAAAAGCAUGGGCUAGAGAAGGUGGUCAUCGCCCACCGCCUGGGCGAGGUCAAUGUUGAAGAAGAGAGCAUUGCCGUGAGCGUGAGUAGCGGGCACCGUGCCAGUGGCUGGGCGGGUGCCGAAGAGAUCCUGGAAAGAGUCAAGGCUCGAGCAGAGAUCUGGAAGAGAGAGUGGUUCGCAGAUACUGGUGAGGUCGAAGAAGGCGUUUGGAGGGCAAAUAGGGAUACAGACGGACAUGGGAAUGUGCUGAAAUCGCAGUAA